AUGGUCCAACUCGCCCACAUCUUCAAAAAGGACAAGGAUAAGGAGAAGACUGAGAAGAACAAAGAUAUACGUUCUCGACCUUCCUACUCCGCUUCGACAUCGCCAUCUCCGUCACCCUCCAAAUCCCCGACUAAGUCUAAAUCUCCCUCCAAAUCCUCCUCCCCCACCAAAUCUACCAAACCCUCAAAAUCUUCCAAACAAUCCUAUUUCUCCCAUAGUCGGUCAUCCUCCAAUUCCGGACCGACCGCCAAUUUCAAGUUUGCCCGGUCAUCGCGUGACCAGGACGUACACCCACUCAAUCUUCCACCCGACGAGCUACGUCGUCGAUUGUCCGCUAUGGCAGCAUCCAGCGAAGAGCAGCGGAGCUCAAUGGAUAUUGAUCCCCAGGAACCUCAGAACAAUGGCGUGAAUGGUACUGAGGAGCGCAGUCCGACCCCGCCACCACACCUGCCAAAUUCAGCUUCUGCGGAUGAGGCCGACUCCUUCAAGCUCGCCGGAAACAAGUUCUUCAAGGAUGGAAACUACCGACGAGCUAUCGAGGAAUACACCAAGGCCAUCGAGAUCAAUCCUAACUCAUCGGCCUAUCUCUCCAACCGAGCGGCCGCCUAUAUGUCCGCUAAACAGUUCCCGAAUGCGCUUGAGGAUGUUCAGCGCUCCAAUGAGCUCGAUCCUAAUAACCCAAAGAUCAUGCACCGAUGGGCUAAGAUUCUGACGAGUUUGGGUCGACCUGCAGAGGCCCUAGAGGUGCUGUCACGGAUCCAGCCACCAGUGGCCGCCACCGACCGGGCAGCUGCAGAGAAGAUGCUGCGCUUCGUUACGCAAGCAGAAGAGACAAUAGCAGAAGACCGCGGUGUCUCGAUGGUUAUCUAUUGUCUGGACCAGGCACGCCAAGGGCUUGGACAAGGUGUUAAGGAGCCUCGCAAGUGGACCCUUUUGGCCGCAGAGGCCCACCUGAGACUGAACAACGUCAACUCGCUAGGCAAGGCCCAGGACAUUGCAAUUUCCUUGCUGCGCGAAAACAGUCAGGACCCGGAUGCGAUGAUGAUCCGUGCCCGCGCCUUCUAUGCCCUCGGUGAGACUGAGCAGGCGCAGAAGCUUCUUAAGCUUUGCCUUGGGCUGGACCCAGACAUGAAGCAGGCCAUCAAACUGCUGCGCAUCGUACAGAAGCUGGCUCGCACAAAGGAGGAAGGAAACAACGCCUUCAAGGCCAAGGAUUAUCGCGGUGCGAUCGAUCUUUGGUCUCAGGCUCUCGAGGUUGACCCCUCCAACAAGGAUAUGAAUGCUAAGAUUCUGGGUAACCGUGCUCAGGCUUACAUCAACCUGAAGGAGUAUGACUCUGCCAUUCAGGACUGUACCGAGGCUCUCCGUCUCGAUCCUGGGUAUAUCAAGGCUAUGAAGUGCCGUGCCAAGGCCUACGGCAAGGCCGGUAACUGGGAGGAGGCUAUUCGUGAGUAUAAGAGCGUUGCCGAGAACAGCCCCGGCGAGCCCGGCAUUGCGGAGGAGAUCCGCGAAGCUGAAUUCGAGCUGAAGAAGUCCCAGCGCAAGGACUACUAUAAGAUUUUGGGAGUCGACAAGGAUGCCAGCGAUACGGAAAUCAAGAAGGCCUACCGCAAGCUGGCUAUUCAAUACCAUCCUGAUAAGAACCGCGACGGUGCAGCCGGCGAUGAGAAGUUCAAGGAAAUUGGCGAAGCCUAUGAGAACUUGAUUGAUCCUCAGAAACGUGCUGCUUUCGAUAACGGAGACGAUCUAAGGGACCCAGCUGAUAUGUUCGGCGGUGGCGGUUUCGGCGGUGGUGGUUUCCACGGUGGUUUCCCCGGCGGCAUGCCAUUCCAGUUCGAAAACAUGAUGAACGGCGGCGCCAGGGGCAACCCCUUCGGUGCUCAGUUCCAAGGCGGCGCCAACUUUCAGUUUUAG